UACACUCACAACUGAUGUUUGGACGAGCAUCGCAACGAAGCUCAUAUGGGGGUGACAUGCCACUAUCUUGGGAAGAAUUGGAAAAUGGUGUCACACUGCCUGACAACGAUGCCCCUUGAGGAGAGACAUACAGCUGCAAAUAUUGCACAAUGGAUUGAGGAGGUUUUGGAUUGAGGAAAUUUGACAUUACAGCAGAGAAAAUCAAAGCUGUCGUCCACGACAAUGGCGCUAAUGUUGUGGCAGCAUCGAAGAUUUUGCAGGAAAUGUUCGGAUGGGCAUCAGUGCGUUGUGCAGGGCACACCCUAAACUUGGUUGUUCAAAGCUGUUUGAGGAUUCAUCAGGCUAUCCCAAAGUGUGUUGCGGCUGCAAGAAGCCUUGUCGAACACUUCAAAAAAAGUGAACUUUCAUGUGCCAAGUUGAAGGACAAGCAGAAAAAAAUGAAUGUCAAGGAGAACAUGCUGGUGCAAGAUGUCUGUACAUGCUGGAACAGCACCUACGCCAUGUUGUCCAGACUACAAGAACAGACAUGGCUGGUGACUGCCACACUCUCUGAUCCAGAGGGAAACAUUACCUGGACCUCAAACCUGAACACUGGAACCUGAUUGAGGAGCUGAACCAUGUCCUUGAGCCCUUUUAAUCAGCUACAGUGUAUCUGAGUGGACAACAAUAUGUCUCACUCUGCACUUCCACAUCUUGUGCACAAACUUAAGUAGAACAUACAGAGACCAGAACUUGAGACUGCACCUGUGAGGUCUUUUCAGACUCAUGCAACAGAACAGGUCAGAGAACGAUGGGAAGAACUAACUAAAUUUACUCCUCAAUCUCCAAACAUCACCCUGCUUGCUGCUGUUUUGGAUCCCAGGUUUCGAAAACUGAGAUUCUUGCCUGCUGAAGUAUUCAAGGUCCAAAAUGCAGUACGAGCCAUGGCACUUGCUGCCAAACAGCAAGUGAGGCAGCCCACCGCAAGUAACCAUGGAACAUCUAGCACAGAAGCACCAGCAGCAUAUGCCAAGGAGGCUACACCUUUCUUUGACUCAGACACCACCACAAGUGAUGAAGACCAAGAUGAGGAGAAGCAGUUAAAUGCUGUAGAGCAGGAGGUCUUGAUGUAUUUUGGAGAACAUCCCCUGUCCAAGAAGGAGAAUCCACUGACUUGGUGGGAAAAGAAUGCAGCGCGCUGUCCAACAUUGGCAGAAUUGGCAAGGUCUCUGCUGUGUAUUCCAGCUACAUCCACGCCAUCAGAGCGUCUGUUUUCAGCUGCAGAAUGCUGCCUUUUUAUAUGGCCUCGGUAUGGUUUACUUCCAUUACAAUGCAUUUCAAUGGCCAGUGCAGCCCACCUCCUCAGAUGCCUAUUCUGGACAGAGAAGGGCGAUAAAGGCCUUUCAGGAGGUGCUCUACAUUGACCCCAGCUUCUCAAGAGCCAAGGAGAUCCAUCUACGGUUGGGGCUGAUGUUUAAAGUUAAUACAGACUUUGAGUCAAGCUUGAAGCACUUUCAGCUGGCUUUGAUUGACUCAACACCCUGCACUUUGUCCAAAGCUGAAAUUCAGUUCCACAUUGCUCAUUUAUAUGAGAUUCAGAAGAAGUACCGUGCAGCAAAGGAAGCCUACGAAAGCCUGUUACAAACGGAGAAUCUUCCAACGCAGGUGAAGGCAACUACCCUCCAACAACUGGGCUGGAUGCAUCACACAGUAGAGCAGCUAGGAGAUAAAGCCAACAAGGACAGCUAUGCUAUUCAGUGUCUGCAGAAGUCUCUGGAAGCAGACCCCAACUCUGGACAAUCUUGGUACUUUCUGGGCAGGUGCUACUCCAGUAUUGGAAAGGUCCAGGAUGCGUUCAUCUCAUACCGGCAAUCUAUUGAUAAGUCAGAGGCCAGUGCUGAUACAUGGUGUUCAAUAGGAGUGUUGUAUCAGCAGCAAAACCAGCCAAUGGAUGCACUUCAGGCCUAUAUAUGUGCAGUACAGCUGGACCACAGCCAUGCAGCCGCCUGGAUGGACCUGGGCACGCUGUAUGAAUCUUGCAACCAGCCACAGGAUGCCAUCAAAUGCUACAUUAACGCCACCUGCAGCAAGUCCUGCACCAACAUCACUGCCCUCACUGCUCGUAUUAAGUGUCUACAGGCUCAGUUGUGUAAUCUACAACAAGGUAGUCUACCGAGUAAAAGUAAAAUACUUCCUAGUAUUGAGGAGGCGUGGAGCCUACCAAUCCCAGCAGAGCUUACCUCCAGACAGGGAGCCCUGAACACAGCACAGCAGCAAGCAUGUAAAGCUGAUCAGCGUAGCGAAGGCCAGGGUCAGCUCCCCAGUCAGUCUCUGCCUCCACACACGCUUUCCUCUAGCCAGGGGGACAACCACUCCAGCCCUGCCAAAAGAAAGAGGACCACCAGCCCAUCCAAGAACUCAUCAGAGUCUUGGACAAACAGCACAGUCCAACACCAAAUCCCCAGCUGGUACUUAACUCCGCAGAAGCUUCAGCUGUUGGAAAAGUUGAGGGCCAACAAGGCAAGUCUGAAGCCAGUUGAGCUGCAAAUGUUGGACCAGUUGGAAAAGCAGCUUGCAGUUAUGCAGCAGCAUCAGCAGAUGAGACUGAAUGCUGUUGGCGAAUCGCGACCCACCUUAUCCAAUGGCCCUGUAGCUGACCCCUCACUGCCAGAUUCAAACUCUCUCUCUUCACCACAACACCCACACAUUGCUCUCUCCAGUACACCCGCAACAUCUCAGCCCUCUAUUCAUUCCCCCUGCCCUCUUCAACCAAUGGCCAAUGGACCUGUCGCUGCGAGCCCCUCCCCCUGCAGCACUGCUGGAGCCCUGGGUCACACAGAAAGACACUCUGUGGGCAAUAAUCAUAUACCAGGACAGGGGAGCAAUGGAAAUGUGCCUUACCUAGAGCAAAAUGCACUACCUCAUAAAUGCACAACCCCCACCAGCAGCAGCAGCAAAAUGAACGACCUGUUGUGGAAAAGCCAACACUCCUCUCAGGGGCUUAAGAAAAGUCCAGGUUCGCAUUUGGCAGGUCCUAAUGGAGAACGGCCUGCCUCUUCCACUGGGACUUCUCCACCUGGCCAGGCAGCCAGUAUCGACGUUCUAAAUCAGCUCGGACAGUCUGGUACAGCAAGUGGCCCGUCAGCACAGGAGGCUCAUCUCAAUCACCUUCCUUCUCCCCCUCUCCUGCACUCCGCUACCUCAGGUGGACAGCAAGGCACUGCAGCCUUGACCAAAGAGAGCAAGCCUUCAGAAAAUGGGCAUUCCACAUGGACGCCUGACAGCACUGCCACUGCAGGACUGCCUAAUCACGUCCAUCAGGGCUUGGCAGAUGCUGCUGCAGCAGAGCCCCGCUCACCAGGUGUACUUAGUUCAGACAAUCCUCAGCUCUCGGCCUUGUUGAUGGGAAAAGCCAAUAGCAGUGAUAAUAGUAAUGACAGUGGGGUGGUGGCUGCUGGCACAAAGAUUAACAACAUUCACUUGGCCCUGCACAUGGGCUCAAAGACGCAAGAAAACUCUGUGGCCUCCUCACCCUGCUCUGCAAUGUCUACAGCCACGCCUUCACCCAAAUCCACAGAGCACCAUGCCACUCAGAACAGUGUUGGCAGCCUUAACAGCCCCAAACUCAAUGGCAAAGGCCUGGAGGAUUCCCAAAGCCCCAUGAAGGUGGAUUCUCCUCUGGUCUGUCAUAAACGAUCACCCACUUCGCUUGCUCCUUGGUCCUCUGUCUCCAUCUACCCCAGCUCCAGCGAGGUGCUUAAAGCCUGCAGAAACCUUGGGAAAAAUGGAAUAUCCAGCAACAGCAAGUUGUUGGACAAGUGUCCCCCUCCAAGGGUUCCCCCUUCACCGUUUCCUUCACUACCAAAGGACAAACUCAAUCCCCCUACCCCUAGUAUUUAUUUGGAGAGCAAGAGGGACGCCUUCUUUCCCCCUCUUCACCAGUUCUGCACGAACCCAGCCAACCCUGUGACAGUCAUCCGAGGCCUUGCUGGAGCACUCAAGCUGGACCUGGGCCUCUUCUCCACUAAGACUUUGGUGGAGGCCAACCCGGAUCACCUGGUGGAGGUGAGGACUCAGUUUUCUCAGCCCACUGAUGAGAACUGGGACCUGACGGGCAGCAGGAAGACGUGGCGUUGCGAGAGCAGCCGCUCACACACCACCAUCUCCAAAUAUGCCCAGUACCAGGCCUCGUCCUUCCAGGAGUCCCUGCGGGAGGAGAAUGAGAAGAAGGGGCAGAAAGAGCACUCGGAUACCGAAUCAGCUCCCAUGGAAAAUAUGGUACGGCGAAGAAGAGGUCCCUUUAAGCACAUCAAGUUUGGGACCAACAUUGACUUGUCAGAUGAGAGAAAGUGGAAGCUGCAGCUGGCUGAGUUGAGUAAGCUGCCUGCUUUUGCUCGGGUGGUGUCUGCUGGGAAUCUGCUCAGUCACGUGGGCCACACUAUCUUGGGCAUGAAUACUGUCCAGCUCUACAUGAAGGUCCCUGGCAGCAGGACACCAGGUCACCAGGAAAACAACAAUUUCUGUUCUGUGAACAUUAACAUUGGCCCAGGAGACUGUGAGUGGUUUGCUGUACCUGAGCCAUACUGGGGAGUAAUGAAUGAUUUCUGUGAAAAGAAUAACAUAAACUUCUUGAUGGGCUCAUGGUGGCCAAACCUGGAAGACUUGUAUGAAGCUAAUGUUCCAGUGUACCGAUUCAUUCAGCGGCCGGGGGACCUGGUCUGGCUCAAUACAGGCACCGUGCACUGGGUGCAGGCCAUUGGCUGGUGCAAUAAUGUAGCCUGGAAUGUAGGCCCUCUCACUGCCCAUCAGUAUAAGUUGGCAGUGGAGCGCUAUGAGUGGAACAAACUCCAAAGUGUCAAAUCCAUCGUUCCCAUGAUUCACCUCUCCUGGAACCUGGCCCGAAACAUCAAAGUGUCAGACCACAAGCUCUUUGAGAUGAUCAAGUACAGCUUGUUGAGGACUCUGAAGCAAUGUCAGAUGCUGAGGGAGGCUCUGAUAGCUGCGGGGAAGGAGCUGGUGUGGCAUGGGAGGACCAAGGACGAGCCAGCACAUUACUGUAGCAUUUGUGAGGUUGAGGUUUUUAACCUACUGUUUGUCACCAGUGAGAGCAAUUCGAGGAAGACGUAUGUGGUGCACUGUCAAGACUGCGCACGCCGAGGCAGCCCUAACCUCGACAACUUUGUUGUUUUGGAGCAGUAUAAGAUUGAGGACCUCACGCACGUCUACGACCAGUUCACGCUGGCCUCACCUCUGCCAUCCUCCACGUCUUGACAUUAACAUUAACAGUUCUGAGGAUCACCCUCUGGAACGCAACAUAACCCUUUCUGAUAUUCAGGAAAAGUGACCCAGUUCCACACCACUGGUUUCUGUAGCAAAUCCCACAAAGGCUGCUGGCUCCAAGCUGUUUGUCUAUGCAACCCUGCCAAGUACGGAGAAUCGACCCCGCUGGACUGGAGGGGGCGCUGCUCCAUCUCUGUUCUGACUGUUUCGGCUGGCUCAGCACCACCUUACAGGAAAAUACACAAACUAUAAACAAAAAGUGGACAAAUUAGUAAUGUAAUUGUGUAUAUAUCACAACUGGCAAAAAUCACUCAAACUACUGAUGUCUUUCAGUUUCUUUUCUCUUUCUUUUUUCUUUUUUUUCUGUUUUGUACUCUUUCAUGUAUGAGCUGAUACAUGACAAUAUUUCCUUCAUAUUUUCCACUAAAUGAGUACUAGCGUAGCUGGUUUUUCCUUAGGUAAAUCUCUUUGGGCAACAGGACUGAAACAUGGAAAAUUAUAAUGUGAAGGUAAUUUUUUUUUAACAGUUUAUAUGUUUGUCCUUUUGUUUUUCUUAUUUUAAAUAGUAAGAAAAAAGAAACAGCCAAGUCACAAAGAAAAAAGGGUUGCACAUAGCUAAGGAGUGAGGUUUUUUUUUUUUUUUUUUUUUUUUUUUUUUUAUGUUUCUAAUCUUGUAAAUUUACACUAUUUAUAAAUGCAUAUUUAUUGCUUGAAAAUAUUUGUUGAUGGAAUGCUGUUAUUUUUUUUCCCCAAGAAUACCUGCCAUUAAAUUUUAUGGAGCAAUGUCGUACUGAACAUGUCUCUUUUUAUGUUUUUUAUGUAUAAAUAAAACCGCCUAGUAAGCAUUGUACAGAAAAUACAAAGAUUCUUUUAUUGUUGGUGGUUUUUGAGUCAUUAAAGAGUCAUACCUGAAA